AACGAACACCGCUCCAAACGUUGCGCCAUGCCUCCUCAGCUGUUUGCCUUGUGUUUGCCGUGUUUGCCAUGCUGAACGACGCUGAACAAGCGAACAGGUGACGGAUUCAGCGCGACAACCUUCGUGUGAUGUGGCCGCGGUCAUGGAGGCUGAACUCGCAAAGUUCCGAGCGCAGUUGAAGAAGAAAUCCGCCGAGGAAGACACGGAAAAAUCGCCACAGCCGGCAAGCAAGUCCCUCGAAGACGAUACUCAGUUACCGGAACCACCAUCUCCGCUCCCAAGGCGACGAAUCGCCCCUUCGGUGACCGUCCCAGAACCGAUGCCGUCAUCGUCGCGAAUCGUAGUGACGGACGAACCGAUCGUCGACGAAACCCCGUCGCGGUGGACUCGCGUCGACGUGGCAGUGUUUGCGUCCAAGCUGGUCCUCUGGGCGCUUCUGAUGGCGCUCGCCGUGGUCGUCCAGUUCGGCGCCGUGUUCUUCGUAGUCAGCGUCUUCUACGUCAUUUUCACCAACCUCCGUGACAGACCGAGGAAGCGGGGAGAACUCAGCGCCUACUCGGUCUUCAAUCCGAACGUGGAGUCCAUUGCCGGCACGGUGUCGGCCGAGGACUUUGAGAAACAGCUUCAGUACGGCGCGCUACACUGAUAGCAUAAGGCGCUUGGCUACACUGAUAGGAUAAGGCAGGUUAAGAACAGCAGGACAAUAUCCUCCCACGAUCCCUCUGCUCUUUUCAGUUUAGCAGAGCGAAUGCGAAAGGAGGAAACUAAUUACGGCGAACAGAGAGCUUGUGCUGAUAUUCUAGAUCAACAGAUUACACCCAGGUGUCGUAUGGAGUACAUGGUUGCGACUACACAAGUUGCCAAUGAGUGUGUACAGUACUGUGUCCGCAUUCCAUGAAAUGGGAGCGAGUGACAUCAAGUGCAUGACGAGCAAAGCACACAAAUGUUUCCUGCAUAUUUGACAGCAUGGCCCUGGCCGUAGUGUGUGCAAUACUAUGCCCGUGCUACAUGAUCUGGGAGUGAACGAAGUCACGUGCAUGACAUGCAAAGCCCACGAUUGCUCUUCCACUUAUUAUUACUAAUGCACGACACAGAAUGGCAGAUGACAAAACUGGCCAGGGAAAUAAUAGAAUCAUUGUCAAUAGGUGGCCCCUUGCCGUCAAGGGGCCAAACAAGCGAUCGCUGUUUUUUUUUCUUUUAGAAUCGACAGGCUAUCAUCAAAACUGAUAGUGUGAUGGAAAGUGCUCAUUUGGGAUACUAUCCAAGCGGGAAAGUGCCAAUGUUGUGUUGGUGCUAAAAGCUUCCUGCAGUGUACACAACCGCAGACACCUAGACAAGUAUUUUUUCCUAUUUUUAUUGUUAACACACGGUAAGACACCCAGUGUCCUAGUCCAAGAGCGUGAGAUGGCUCCAGCCUGCUUUUGUAGAAGUGCAGGGUACCCCCUUUUUCGUCCGAGCUCAAGUAACACAGUGGUUUGUGGAGGCCCAACGAGUCUUCCGGUGGUUUCACGAGGACGGAGAGGUCCUGGCGGCUUCCACGAUCUCCAGCAAAGCUCCGUAACUGGGCACGCUCGACCGUGCCGUGUCCAGCUCCUCCAUCUGCGCAAUAAAUGCAGCUGUCAAACAGUGCAAUGCCACCGUU